UACCCACAAUGCUGAGUGUGAUGCAAAAUGGCUGCCUCCUGACAUUUUAGGGGUUGGGAUAAAGUGAUUUAGAAUAGGUCAUAUCAGCAGUCUUCUCAGUUGAAUUGCUCUGUAAUAUAAUCGUAACCGUUUAAAUAUGUUCAAAGUCGUACUGCACGGGGUUAGGUCUAACGAACCAAUGUUGUUAGCGGUUCAAAAAGGUAACGCUUCGAGAUCUGCUUUCUUAAAAUAUUCACACAGAAGAAGAUGUGAUGUUGGCGGGCGCAGGUUUUUCUCGGCGACAUGGUCCUUGUUUGGAAGGGGUCCUCCGUCAAGGAAAGAGAAGAAAACUGUUGACAUUCCUGGUCUGGAGCGCGUCACUUACGCCGACAGGAUGCACUUUGUGCCAGGAUUGGCAAAACCCAUAUUCCCUGAGUGGCAAAGAGACUGGCACGACCCCCAUCAUUAUCGUGGACCUGAUAAUGAAGAGAUGAAGUUGCACAAAGAAAACCCUUGUUACAUAUUUAAUCAGAGAACAAAAAUAUUGGAAGGUGUCAGACAAGCACUGUGGUUAACCAAGUCCAAACUAAUACAGGGUCUUCCUGAACACAUCCUGUCAUUGGCUGAGGACCCAGCCAAUCAGAUUGAGGACCAGGAUGAGCGAGUCCAGCAAGCAAUCCGCCACUCACGUUUUUGGGACACCACCGCACUAAGACCCAAACGUGACAGAUUUUGUCCUGUGCUGCUCCGGGAUCUGCUGCACUUGUGCGGGACUCUACAAGUAAAACACACAUCCCUUUCCAAGAGGAUACUGGCUGAAAAUUAUGGAGUGGCGGCGUUGUGGAACCGAGAGUCAGAUGUUUUCCAAGUACGAGGCCUGAAUGGAAUGCUGUUGAAUAGCAUGACACCUCUGCCAGCGGUGGCCCAGAGUGGUGAAGUCUUGGCCACAGAAAACCACACUCUGGAGACCUUCUACCCCAUCUCUCCCACCAUUGAUUUGCAGUGUACAUACGUGUACGAUCAGAAAAAUGACACGGGAUUCAGAGACGGGUAUCCUUAUCCACACACACACACUCUGUUCUUCACUGAGACAGAGGACUCUGCUGCCAAGUUUAAACCCGAACAACUCCGGGCCAAGAUGAUCAUGUUUGCUUUUGGAAAUGCCCUGGCCAGGGCCAAAUCUCUCUACGGGGAGCACCCUCAGGUUCUGGAGCACCCUGUUGUCGUGCAGAGCAUUGCUACAGAUGGCAGGCUGUUCCAGUUCAUCGUGCUUCAGCUGAACACCACAGACCUGGGCCCAGACACUGGCGUGAAAAACCUGGUUUGGAUGGAUCAAGAUCAGCUCCUGUAUGACUAUGCAAAAUGCCGCCCUUUGAUUAAAAAGAAGGUUGUCACAGUUCCUGCUGGAUUAUCUGGGUAUCAGCCAGAGACAUUCAAGAAAUUUCUUGCAUUGCACUUGCAUGGAGCUGUGUGAUCCUGUGACUUCUUUACCACAACCAGCUCUCCACCAGGGUGCUGUUGACCUAGCAACAGUGACAUUGUGCUUUUCACAGUAACCAGCCUUCCAUCCACUACAUUGGAGGACAGAAGAAAAUGGAUCUAAACUAGAUUGAGAUUUUGCACGUGUCAUUUUUCCUAGAAUACUUUGAUAAUAAAAAGUAUUACAAAGGGAUGCUGUUUCUGCUGGAUUUUUUUUUUUUUUUUAACCAAUACAACAGUUUCUAUUUGCAAGUGUUGGUUUUUAUAGCUAAACACAUUUUUAUAGUACUGUAUGCAUUUUAUCGUACAAAAGGCAUCUGUUAAAUUUACAACAAUGAAACAUUUGAUCCUAAUAGUUAAUAUAAAAUCAUUAGAUACAUUUUUUUUUAAAGAGCAUUAACUGUGAACUGCACCCUUAAGGUUUACAUUAUGUAAUUAAGCUGCUCUAUCAAUGUCAGCAUCCAACAGUUUUGUUUGUGUGUACAUAAGACAGCCCCCUGUCUGUAAUCAUUUUCCACAAUAAAGUGCUCCCUCAUUACUGGACUACAAAUUCAAUAUGAUGAACAAGUCAGAUAGUCCAAAUGUAUUUAAAAAAAAAUAGUAUUAAAAAAGGUAGACAAAGCAGAGAGUGCUCUACAUGUAUUACACAAAAUAGGUAACAGUUAUUUAAAUAUCCUAAAUCACUUGAUGGAAGUAACAAUUUCUAGAUAUUGCUUAUGUUUCUCUCAUGCACAUGAAAAGAAUAUUUGUACUUGUGACAGAGAAUGAAUGAAUCCUAGUCAACAAAUCUCCCUCCCAACCUGUGAGGCCACUGUAUAACCGGAGCAGAGUGUCCCAUAAUGGAUGUUUUGGCAGUUAAUUCCAGGGUCAGUCGGAAGCUGGCCAUCCAGGAAGGGGGCGGGGCCACGAUACCAGUAAGUCAGCGCCUUAAUGCGGUAGGUGAUGUGUCAGUCACGGAUUGGAGGAGAGGGGAUUGGCCGCACCACCAAAAGAGGGCGUGACAGUGUAUUAAGGGGAAGUGGCCCCAGUGAUCUGUUCCUUUGAUGUGGUUACGAGAUUUGACCAAAAAGGAAACAGACGUAAUUAAUUGUCUCGAGUGUUUCGUGUUUUGUUUGUUUGAUGUGCUAACUGUUUGUCAUUUGUCUUUGUUAGACGGCUAAACACUAGCCGGGAGCUGUCUCUACAAGCCAGCACUAAACCCAGACUGCACUGCACCACUUAUUCACAAACUGUUUGUCUUUCACCACACCUGCACCAGAGCACUCACUAAUUGUGAGAAGUGACUGUGUCUGCGUCGUGUGUUAGUGUCUCAUUGUUUUCAGGACUGUAAACCCUUGUUUUGCAUGGAGCGAUACACAUGGCUGUGUAGCGCCCGUGCUCAUUAGUUAAGUGUUGUUGACACGCAACCCAGCCGAAUAAAGGCGCUGUUUUAUUGAA